AUGCCUAGUUGUUUCCAGGGGCGAUAUUGUUCUGAGAAGAAGGAACAUUUUGGAGUUGUCACCAAAUUGUUGAAGUUAAAGUUCCACUGUAAGGUGGUCAAUGCUGCUGUUAUUGUGGAUCCAGCAACCAAGCAGGUGAUUGCAAGUGCAUGUGACCAAGUCUUGUCCUCGAACACUUCCGUUAAUGAGACCAGUGCAGAAACAGGCUGCUUUGAACAUCCUGAGGCCACUCCUUAUUGUCCAAUUGCCAAUGGAGUAGACAACCAUGUAUCUUCGCUUUCAAAUUGUUCUUCUGAUAAUCUAGAACAGUUGUCAUCCGACGUUUCUUGUUUACACCCCGGUCGGUGGGUGGAGCAAGAAUUACGUCCAAGUUCUUGUUUUUGGCAUCCUUUACGACACGCUGCUAUUGUAGCUAUUGAAAAUUCUGCUGCCAGGGAUAUGUGUCUGUUUCCUGCUUCAGGACACGUUGAACAUAAGGUUAUUCAAGCACAUUCGAUGCAGUUUUCAAAAACAAGCCCCCCUUUGAAAAGACAUAGAACUCGUCUUACCAAUGUUGAGGAUGAUAAAUUUCUGGAUUUUCACGGUAUUGGUUUUCAUUCCGAGUCAGUCAGACCUUAUUUAUGUACUGGUGACGACAUCUACCUUGUUUGGGAGCCUUGCACAAUGUGUGCUAUGGCACUUGUUCAUCAAAGAAUCAAUCGAAUAUUUUAUGCUUUCCCAAAUUCCACAGCUGGUGCCCUGGGAAGUGUUCACAGGUUACAAGGAGAGAAAAACUUAAAUCACCACUACGCUGUUUUCAGGGUGCUCUUGCCUGAAGAAAUCCUUGAUGGAGGCGAAGGUAUGUGUGCAGCAACUGCUGAGAACAAUUGAAGUGCCACUUAAAUUUGUUAGCGGGUAGUAGUUUUUAAUAUUGGGGUGGGCAUUGUAGUAUAUUUGAAAAUUUUCGUCCGUAAGAGCCUAGCAAAAUGAGGCUGUGAAUUUAUUCUUUUUCUUUUUUCCUUUUCGAAUACAUCUCACGUCACACUGGAAAUCGUUUACAACCUUGGAUGCCGAGU